UCUGAUUUCGUUUCUUCUUGCUUUCGUAGUCAGCUGUUCCCUUCCCAUCUGUCAAUGCAGUCAUUCAUUUGUUUCUCCAUCCCACUCUUUGCAUCCUAUAUUCCUGAUUGGUUGCUGGGUCAAGAUUCGAUACCUCUUUGAUUUACCCUGGUUAUAUCGAUAGUUCUUGAAAUUGGAAGUGUUGAAGAGAAUUUCGUUGCAGGCUGGUGGGUUGGUUAGAUUACUAAUCACACUUACAUAUUGCGUUUGUAUUAUAAUUGUUCGAUUUAUUCAAUAUCUAUAUUGUGCGAGGGCAACCAAAUAAAAAUGAACCAGUAUUGGUAACGAACGUAUUUGUCAUUAUUAGCAAAGUGUGACAAGUGUAUAGCCUCGACUGUUACAGUGUGGUAAAGUCGGUGUCCACUGUGAAUGGCAAUAUAUGGUUAUUACUGGUGGCCUGUGCAGGUCACUCCUUUCAAUUAACUGUGCGUGAGUUAAAAUGUAAUCUACUGUAUGUUUGGAGUCGUCAACAAAUGGUUUCGUGACCCAAACCCAAUAAAGUGUUUAAUUUUCUUAGAAGGUUGCUAAACCCGGUUGUCUAAAUUACACUUCAAUGAGGAGAAAAUAAAAUAAAUGUUGACAAGGAAACAACUUGUUCUGAAGAGAAGAGAGCAUGCAUUUUUACAUUGGUAAAGUUGUUUGAAUUUUAAGAAGCAUUUUAUAACUGAACGUGAAAUUGACACAUCUGUCUAAUUUGAAUAAUGGCUGGAGUAGUACCUGUACCUAUAAGGACUGGUCGAAAGCAAUGGACUUUACAUGAUGGUCCUAGAGGUUCCCUACGUCGGUUGCGAAGUCAACUGGCAGAAGAUGGGUGUCCUGAGUCACAAGUUGUUUACGCCAAACAGUUAUUGGAAGAAAAGUGUGAAGAAGAUGAAGACAAAGAAGAGAAUGCGAGACUGGGUGUGUACUGGUUGACUAAAGCUUCAGAACAAGGAAAUUUGGAAGCAACUGCUAUACUCAAACAAUGCUUGGAAACAGGACAAGGUAUAACAGAGCACAAUUUUUUGGAAGUAAAGACGUGCCUAAACACUCCGCAAGAUGAAAAGUUAGCUCGUAGGGCUGCUCGUGAAAUGUUUUCAUGUCUUUCUGAUGGGCAAGAUUUUAUAACCACAGAGCAGCUCCAGAAACAAAUAGAAAUUGCUGAAAGACAAAAUAUAGGUGUUCGUCACAAAGUAGAAAAACAACCCCAACGUAUUCUCGGAAGUAAUGAAUCAACUGAAAAGGCAGAGAACUCAUGUGAGAAGGAGAGUGCGGGUAAUAGUGAUGGAACAUCAACUCAAAAUGAUGCAUUGUUUUCCAGUAAAGAUUGGACUUCUCGAGAUGAAGAUUCUGGCCAGAAAGUGACAGAAGAUCAUUUGGUGACAGCUGCAUCAAAUUAUGCACGUGGAGAAUUGCCUCUCAUGCACAGAGUUUUAACUCUUAGUCAGCGUGGUAGCCAGGCUGUUGAUUCAAUGCAUUUUUUGCAUCGCAGUCUUCUUCAUCCAUUAAACUCUCUUCACUCUCUCUACAUAAAUGUAGUAGAUUUUAUUGUGAAAAAUGGAUCUGCAUUUCUUUCCGCUUUAUUUCCAUCAGCACUGUCUCAUGUUCAAACUUUAUUAAUUUUAGUAGUCUACUCUUUGUGUGGAACAGAAAGUCUUCUUUUAUUUAUUCCAAUGAUUGCAUAUUGCAUUUCAUUCAUUGUAAUGGUAGUGUCUACUUUUCAGAUGAUACAUAGAAAACGAGAAUUCCAUGAUUUUAGAAAAUGGUCUUGCCUAUUUAUUAGUUAUAGUGGAGGUAACUUAAACCCAGAAGAAGCUGAGUAUCAGUAUUGUAGUAAAAAUUUACGUCCUUAUGUUCAUUUUUUUGUGGCAUUGCUAGUGAAUCUUUUAAUAUAUCCUGUCAUAGCAGCAUAUUGGACUCCCCAAACAGAACUUACAGUUAUAGCUUUCUUUCUUACACUUUUAACAUUGUAUGCUUUUAUGGACAAUAGAAAAUUCCCAGACUUUUUAGCUCUUUUUUCAUUUGCAGUAAAUAUUCUGGCAAAAUAUCCAUAUGAAACUGAUGCAGUGGUAACACAAGGUUGGCGAUUUUUGGAUGUUAGGAUUCCUACUUUCGCUUCAUAUGUAGUAGGGAAUGGUGUGGAGUUCUGUUUAAAUUUUAGAGCCGUAUUUUAUUUACUUAUUCCAGCAAUUUUUGUAAAGAUGGCAUCUCGCGAUAAAUGGCGAGGUACUUACAAAACACUUAUUCCUCAUUGUGUGACUCUGUCAUGGUGGCAAGUGGCAGUUAUCUGUUCUCAAGGAGCAACUUGGUAUGCCUUGAUCCGCAGUACAUUAGCAAUGGUAGGGUUGAUUUUAAUUGUCCCUCUUGCUGGUCUUGGAAUGAUAAUACUUCCUGUUUUUGCCGUUGGAAAAUACCUCGCAAAUUCUGCAAUAUUGCUUCGAGUUUUGUCGUCAGUUGCCCUUGCAUCUGUUCCGCUUGGAAUAGCAUUGUAUUUAAAAAGGUGGAGACUACAAGGUUAUACAAGAGCAACAGUUGAAAGAUUUAUUGCAAGAACACAGAUCAUUGUGAUGGUUGCAGCUGCUGUUUUUCUGCUUAUGCCUCUUGUUACGGAAUUGAGUAUCCAGGAUGAUGAAAGUUCAGAUCGAUUUCCACAGGGAAGUUUGUCAUGGGAACAGUACCUUAAUUAUUGUCACCAACCAGCAUGGGAGCGAACCUCAAUGGCAACAGUUCAGUUACAAUGUGCUCAGCUGGCAGGUACACCCGUCAGUUGGGAUGGCUACAUUUCACAAGUUAAAAUACGAAGCAUAAGUAACACUUUACAAACUAUUGUCGGCAAAUUGCCGAAAUUGGCUCGAAAUAUUUUAACUUGUUAUUAUGGAGAGCCUUAUAAUGAUAACUGUGAUGAAAAUUUGACAGAAUCACAAUUCAGGCAGUGUAAAAUGAUUAAGGAACUUAAAACCAAGCAUUCAAGAUGUCACCUGGAAGGAUGGAACAAGUAUGAAUUUGAAGUCCAUGUGAAAAUGAAAUCUGGAAUGUGGGGUACUGCAGCAGAAAUCUCACUCAUUGCAGACAAUUCAUUUCGCAACUUCACCCUUGCUCUUAGGCCUGGAGACAGAGUUUGGUUUACAGGCACUCUUUUGAAUGAAGGAAAAGGAGACAAUUUGCUUGGAGGACAAACACCUCAAAUUGAUUUGUUAGAAAUAGGAUGUUUGGGUUGUCAUGUUAGUGAGAUAGCUAUUCACAAAAAGAUACCAGUUUCAUUUGAUGCAAUGUCGCUAUUGAGUUAUGUGUACGUGGGAAUAAAAUCUGUUUUGAAUUUUGUAUUCAAUCCUUUAGUAAUUUUUAAGUGAAGUUCUUUUGGAUAAUAAUUUUGAUAAGUUGCCUUUUGAAUUUUGUAGUUUCUGUAUGAUUAUACAGAGGAAAAAAAAUAUUUAUGUAACAUAAUAGGGACUAUAACACUAAAGCACUUUUUUUUCCAAGAACAAGUACUGAAUUUGCUUUGUUUAUUGUUAGUCAGUGCUAAAUGUAAAUACAUAACAUCAUAGCUAUGUAAUGCUGUGUAAAUAAGUGUGAAAUUUGUAAAUACCACUAAGUAUAUGUAAUUAUAUAAAUAAUACCGAAAAUAUAAUUAAUUCAUUUAUAAUUAGCUGAAGUAACCUGGCCUGGCCCCAGAAUAUUUACAAAAAUCAUCUUUAGCCAGUGUUGGUAGCCAAACUUCUCAACUACACUCCGUGAAGUCAGAGAGGUUAAGCAGCACGAGAUACUGAGGGUUCCUAAGUAAGAUACCCUGGGAACUCUAGAUUUUAACAGCACAAACCACAGUUGCCAAUAGGGAUAAAAGGCAAUGAAAUGACAAAAAGAUUAUGUCAAAGGAUAAUAAAUUACUCCUUAUUAAGAAAGUAAUAGGAAAAGGAAUUAAUUCUCUAUAAACGGAGAAAACUGUCAGUGUUUUGACAGGAAAGCUCCCUGGUACUGAAUGGGAGGGGCUUUCUCGCUCUUACGUGUAAA